AUCCACGGCAAGCUCACACAAGGAGCUUGCGACUUCUCUUAUUAGGGUUUUUACCCAAUGCUCACAAACUUACAUAGACUCGACUACUACAAACAUAUAUAUACUAUACAUGGCUAAAACACUAGGGUUAAAGGUCGAGACAUGCAACUUGGUCAAUUACCAAGUGCUACCCAACACUUUACCUACUAACCAAACGAGUGCUUGAGCUACAACAUGCUCACGCACAAACACGUCCAACAACAAAUUACGAACCGAACAUAGAGCAAUUCGAUUGUGUUUCAACUUGCAUGCGAUCUGGUUUAGUUUGCGUUUCCCGAACCGCAUGCCCACCCACCCUCUACCAAGUACCAAGUAUGGACAAAAAGAGCCCGUACAAGGCAGAAAAGGUGGUGGUAGAGCCCGGGAUGGUCUAGAAGGGUACAUAGAGAGUGGUCAUGUGUGGGGAGGUACGAAAGCCACGCUCCCCUCUUCCACAUCAGCCAAUCAUAAUAACUUUCCAGCUUCUUUCAUCAUCGUCCAGUCCACCACCACACUCUCUUAUCAUCUCUCCCUCCUUCCAUUUCCUCAUUUUUCAUUACCAGGCAACAAGUUGUCCCUUCCCUCCCCUCCAGCAGAAGGUAACAUUUAGAAGAAACAAAGAAAGAAAUGGCGUUACAGCUACAAUCAACAAGGCUUCAAGCCUCAGGCCCCUCAUCCCCCUGUCUCUCAUCAUUAUCUCCUUCCCCUCAAAAUGCUGGGCUCAGGCCGCCACCAGAUCGCUUUGCCCUGAAAUCAUCCUUCUUCUCUCCCUCACUUCACCUCUUCACAGCUUCACUGCGCCACCUUCCCAUUGCCUCUGCUGCUCCCAAAUUCUCCAUGCGCGUCGCUUCCAAACAAGCUUACAUCUGCCGCGAUUGCGGGUACAUUUACAACGAUAAAACUCCCUUUGGCUCAUUUACUUUUGACUGUAUGGCUUUGGCAGUUUGUGGUGCGCCGAAGAGGAGGUUUAGGCCGUAUACGCCGGCGGUAACUAAGGGUGCAAACGAUAAGGACGUUAGAAAAGCACGCAAAGCAGAGUUACAGAGGGAUGAAGCAAUAGGGCGAGCUUUGCCGAUUGCUGUUGUGGUUGGAAUCGUCGCACUCGCUGCACUAUACUUCUACCUCAACAACACCUUCCAAGGCUGAAGAAGCCAACCACAUCCUGCUGCUGCUUCAUUCCGUUCGACUUCAUACUUUCUCUGCUAGCCAAAUUGUAACCAACUCUUAUGUAAGCCGAAAUUCGGCAAGCUUUUUCUAAUGAUGAAUCACAAAUGCUAUAUAUACAGCACUAGCACAUUGGUCUGGUUAUUACUUGGUGAAUGAGAUCAAUCUUCCAAGACAAAGGAACCCUCUAUCUUUUUGGCAAUUGAUUGGGCAGGGGGAAAGUUUAAAGAAGAGAAAAUGCCGUUGAGGUUACUAGAAGCUGGUGCAGGCUUGAAUUCAUAGGCACCUUCCCUCACUCCCCAGACCUGUAAAAGAUGGCCAAAAGCUUGGAUUAGAAACAGUGCUUCUGUAUCACCAUUGUGUCAAAAUGCAAAAUUAAAUGAAGCUACAACCUGAUUUCCAUCGUCGUCAUAACCUCUAUCCCACAUAUGCACUUCGUUGUUCUUCAGUACAGCAAGCUCCGAGGUACAAUAGGAAGCACCAUUCUGGACAGAAGGGAAAAGGAUGUAGAUAAACAGGCAUUAGUAAUGGAGUUAAACGCAUGACAUAAUGAUAAACAGAUAAUUGCAAAUGAUGCGGGAUGGAGAGGUUCCGGAAAUGCACAUACCCAUGUAUUAGGGAAUCCUUCUGGUGGAGUGGAGCCUUCAUAAAGGCAGCGUUUUCUACGGUCACAACGAUUUAGAUAUAAUGUGGUGAGGUGUUCUGCAAUAUCCUGCAAAAACAAUCCAAGACUGGCUCGACUUAAAAUAGAAUAGCA